GGAACUUGGUGUGCGUUUUAUACGUGCCCUCCUUUGUGGUAGCUGCCAAUCCCAGUUCGGAUAAACAAAAUAUUGCGUCACUGUUAUUGUGCUAGUUGAGACUCCAGCUGGUCAGGGACAUUUCGCCACCAUUUCACCUACAUUCAGGCCUUUAAAGCUGUGUUUGCGAUUAAAAUUCGUCACACGGCACAGCGCAAAUGUCGCUUCAAAAGGACGCUUCAUCUGACGAGAGUUUGCAAGGUUCCUGGAUAGAGCUGCAUUUCAGUGGAACUGGCUCCCAAGGUGCCAGUCAUCGAGGAAGUCAGGAGCACAUUCCCACGUCCAGUCAGGAGGGGGACGUGGAGAAAAUGCUCCUAGAAGCGCAACACGAGUCAGGCAGGAGCAGCUCCAAAGGAAGUUCCCAGUGCAACAGCCCACUCAGAUCACAGACUCCCCUUCUUCUGUGGAGAGGCUCAGAGGGAAACAGCUCUCAGUCAGAUGAAGACUUUCAAGAGAGAAGACGUGAAGUGGAGAGUCUUAUGAAGAAAAAUGCUGACUGGAUAUGGGACUGGUCCAGUCGGCCCGAGAACAGUCCGCCAAAGGAGUUCCUGCUGAAGUACCCCAAGCGCUCGACCUCGCUCAGCAUACGGAACACCAGUGUCAUGAAGAAGGGCGGCAUCCUCUCCGCUGACUUUCUGAAGAUAUUCCUUCCCUCGUUAAUCAUUUCUCACAUUCUCGCUCUUGGCUUGGGGAUAUUUAUUGGGAAGCGACUAACUUCCCACAACACCUACUGAGCAAGCUGCUGAUGCGUUUAGGGACACCGCGUUACGACCAGCUUGGCAUGCCUUAAAUUGGGACCUGUACCAAGUGACUUGUGAUUCUGACUGAUUGCCCCACACCAGCAUGAAGACCCAAUGAUCUCUCACUGCUGUGUUGUUGAAUGCACCACAACCAAUCUCCCUGUCCAUGAUGUGUUCGCUGUUAACUGAGAUGAUCGUUUUGCUGCUUACUGCUCCUUACACAUGCAUGCUAUGGGACAAAUAUAUAUGAUAUAUAUGUAGAUCACUUUUUUUGAUUUAAUUAAAAUCAGAUUUAAUUUAU